AUAAUUAGUGCGUAACAUUGUGAACUAACGGGUGCUGUGUGGAUGCAUCUGUUUGACUACAAAUUUUUUAAACAUUUGACGUCAGUUUGGCCAUCCAACUUACUGUCUAAAAUUUUUGUUUAUUUUUACGGACUUUAAUACUUUUGCGAACAUAACCUAGAUGCGUUCAGUACCUUUACGAUCUUUCAAUGACUUUUUAGGCUUUGGCGCUCGAUACAGUAUACCCAAAGAAUGUAAAUGGAAUGGACGAAUGGUUUCAAAUCUAAUUUAUUAUCAGUCGAAUUACUUUUUGUUAAGCUUAGUUAUAAUAAUGUUACUGAGGUAAUACAUAAUUAAGUUUCUAAAAUGUUUUUUAUAGCGCGCUUAAUCCCAUUCCCGUUAUAACAGGACUUCUUGUGAUAUGCUUACCCUUGAUGAUCCUCCUAUUUUUAGAUACACAAACCCUUAACACUAUUAACCAACCAAAGAUACUUGUACCUGUAUGUAUUGUCAUCGCCAUGUUACUGAUUCGUUUCAUAUCUGGAAUCAUCUUUUUCUUUUGUGUUCUACUUGUUCCAGUACUAACAGUAUGCCUUCAUGCCCUCUGUAGACAACGUAAUUUAAAGAACAGAGUUUGUAAACUUGUGGAAUCAGUUCGCUCUGGAGAACAAAAGACACUAAUGGGAUAUAUGCUGGAAGUAUUUGGUGUAGAUGUACGACUGCUUACUAUUGAUAAUUAAUUGAAAAUCAUCUUAAUUAAAGAAGAUGCAUCUUUUCAUUGAACAACUCAUUUCGUAUUGUUUCGUUCUUAUUACUGUUGCUUUGCUCAUAAAUGAAAUACUUGUGUUGUUCCUGUGAACUUUAGACUUAUUUAUUGCAUGCAUACUUCACCAAACAAGUUUUAACUCGUCUCAGAAAUAUGCAUAUAUUGAUUUUA